AAUUUGCACAUUCUUAUUUUCUAGCGCCUGCAACUUUUCACAUCUUGAUUAAAUAUAAAAUUGUUUCCCAUCGUCUAAACCAAUGUUCCACACUUACUUGCUUUCACCCUCCCUCAGUUGCGGAAGAAGCCGCCCUAUGCCGGUACCUCCACUUUCUUAUAUUAUUUUCUAAUUUUCAUCAAAUGUCGCCUUCAUCAACAUUCUAAUAUCACCAUGACACCAUACCACAUACUAUAUAUAUUGAUCAGCCAGAAAAUGCAAACUCGUAGCUAGCUAGCUAUAUAUCAUUCUGAACACUAAUUAUUAUAGUUAAAAGAAACAUUGUUUGAGAAUUUUCAGUACGUAUUAUUAUUAGCUUCUUUUUUCAUCUAGCUUAAUUAAUUAAGAUUAAAUGGCGUCAUCAUCAGCUCGCUUAGCCUUGAUUGCUGUUUCCAUGGUUUUGCUUUGGUCGGUCUGUAUAGCAACUGAUUACGUCGUGGGUGAUGACAAGGGCUGGUCUCCUUAUUUCAAUUACACACAGUGGGCACAUGAUAAAGAUUUCCACGUCGGUGACCGCCUCGUGUUCAAAUACGACAAGCAGAAGCACAAUGUGUUCAAAGUGAAUGGUACACUCUUUAACUCAUGCACCGCCCCAAACGACACAGAGCCAUUUUCCUCAGGUCAUGAUUUCAUUUCACUGGAAACCGAAGGAAGGAAGUGGUACAUCUGUGGAAAGAGCGACCACUGUGUUAACCGUCAGAUGAAGCUACUCAUCUAUGUCGGAUCUGCUGCUCCUGCACCUGCUCCUACUUCUGGUGCUCCUCAUUCUUUGCCGUCGUCGUCGUCGUUCUACAUUGCUGCAACUCUUGCCAUUGCUGCCAUUUUAUUCUUCUGAGAUUAGUUUGAGGUUCUUCGUCUUCGUUGCUUGUUAUGGAAAGUAACGGUUUCAGAUGUAUGUGCUUCUAGCUUUAAUGUCACUGCUUUUUAU